ACUCGGAGGAAGUGAUUCAUUCAAAGGGAAUCAAACAACUGUUACGGUGUCUCAAUUGUAAUAUGUCAAGGAAUGCCUACCCCUUCACCAAUCUUGAACCCAAAUAAUGUAAACAUUGUAGAGAUUCACGAGGUGGAUCUCAGCGGGAACAGAAUCACUAUCAAUUGGAGAGUUCUAUGUGUACAUGGAGAAGAUGAACAUACCUCAGCGGGAACAGAAUCGCUGAGGUCCUGACUACGAGUACGGUCUGUAUAUAUAUGUUUAUGUAGAAUACCAACAGAGAAUGCUAUGUGAGGGGAAGGCCCCCACCUUUCAAGAGGGCGAGAAGACGACCUUCAAUGGUCCGCAUAGCACGUUCAGCCUUGCCAUUUUGCUGAUGGGAGUAUGCCGCCAAAAGUUGGUGAACUA